GCCGGUCGUCCGUCGUACCUAUAACACACCAAUUUGAUCGCAUAACAUAACAUAGGUAUUAUAUUUAUCAACCGCAUACCGUAUUUCGCCGUACGCAAAAUAUAUAUCACAAUAUAAUAAUAUAAUAAUUUGCCUGUAUAUAUUAUCGUUGUGUUGUAGGUACAUAAUAAUAAUAUUAUAGUGUCGUUGCUUUUAUAUGCGCCGCUGCACGUGCACAAUUUUUCACCACGCGUGUAUACCUAUAUAUUAUUAUUAUCAUCGCGAAGUAGGUAGAACAUAACAUAACAUCGAUAAGUCAAUAGCGUAAUGAUUUCAAGCGGUAAAAUGAUAUCAAAAUGUAUUCUACUAUCAAUUAAUAAUACGAUGUGAUUUAGGUCGAUGGUCAUAACUCAUAAUUAAUAUACCAUUACAGUGCGCUCGUUGUACGUUAUCCGCGUAACUACAAUAAUAUAAAUAUUGCCAUUUUGCUGUUGCGGUCGCUACAGUUCGACGCAUCUGUUUGCGCUGGAGGACGUCUACAGUUUUCACCGCGGCGAUUAAUUUCCAUUGUGACUGCUCGAACGUUUUACAAUAACGGACAGAGGUUUUCAAUGGUUUAUGAUGGUUAUAAUGGGAGGAAAUAUAGAUUGAAUCAUUUCACUGUUCUACUUUCCCAUUUUCAAUUCGAUCAUCAAAUAGCAAUUGCUCAUAGACUACAUACCAUUACAACCACUAUUUUAUACGAUAUCGUGUGGAUGUAACUAUAUAACUAUAUAUGACCCGCAAAACGAAAUAAUAUAAUCGUCACAAAAACGAACACAUUGGACGUUAGUGCAGGUGUCCACACACUCACGACAAAAGGUGCAGUGUACCGUCGUGGCGUGAUGGCCAUUUACUCAACCAUACCAGCAACAACGGCGACAGCGGUACUGGAAACGCGGUAACGGCAGCGACUACCUACUUGUUUGUACUUGCAAGUACAUGUGCGGGAUAGUGUGCGCACGGGCAUUGGAAAAGGCGGUCUUGUUGGGCGAUGAUACGCGUCCGGCGGCGUGUGCCGAAAGCCCGUGGCCAAUGAUCGUCGUGACCCGUGACAACCGCAGUAGAAGCGCGGCGACCACAACCGCGGUGGCAGUAGCAGCGCCGGCAACGGUAGCGGUGGCUCAGCAGGUCACCACUUGGUCCUCCGGUUCGCCCGCGGCAGUCUGCAAGAUGCGCUCGUCCGCCGCGGUGACCGUCAUCACCAUCGUCGUCAGGCUGACGGCUGUACUAUUGCUACUGAUGGCGUCCGCACGCCCAGCCACCGCUAUGGGACAGCUCCAGGGCCAGUACAACGGCCCAUAUCCGGACAUAUGCCCCAGUGAUAUAUAUUGUCACGGAGAACUUCUAGACGAUAUACAAAUGCAACAGCUGUAUUCAGACUCCAAAACUUUCGUAGACAAAAAGUUACGCCGUAGUGAAGCUGAAAUCAUAAAGUCGUAUAGGGAAUUAAAAUUACGAAAUAACGGUCGAGUGCCUACUCGUGCUGUGCUUACCAAAUUUGUUGAAGACAACUUCAGCGAUGACCCGUUGGUCGAGUGGGUGCCGCCUGAUUUUGUCGAGACCCCCACUAUCAGUACUUACGUACAGGAUCAAAAUUACAAAAUUUGGAUCUUACAACUUAAUCAAAUUUGGAAAAGAUUGGCCCGGAGGGUGGAUGAAGACGUUAAAAUAAACCCCGAUCGGCAUUCAUCCAUUUAUUUGCCAAAUGGAUUCUUCAUAGCUGGUGGCAGAUUCACUGAACUCUAUUAUUGGGAUUCGUAUUGGAUCAUACGAGGAGCCAUACUGUGUGACAUGAAAGACUCGGCCAGAGGAAUCAUACAAAAUUUUCUUUACUUGGUUCACCGCUUUGGUUAUGUACCGAACGGAAGUAGAAUUUACUAUUUAAUGAGAUCUCAGCCACCGCUCCUCAUCCAAAUGGCUGCAUCAUAUUAUACGUAUACAGAUGAUUUGGAUUUUAUCAAGAAAAACAUACAAUAUCUGGAAGCCGAAUUCAACUUUUGGAUGACGAACCGAACAAUUAAAGUUGAAAAGGCAGGUAAUACCUACAUUAUGGGACAGUACAACACACAUACUCGGGGACCACGACCCGAAUCCUAUUAUCAAGACAAAACCUUAGCUACGCCACUUUCUAGCGUAGACGAUAAAAAUGAGUUAUAUUCAAGAUUAAAAGCUGCCGCCGAAACUGGUUGGGAUUUUUCGACCAAACAUUAUAAUAAUUUUGGUCAAAACACUGGAGAUUUGUCUAAUACGGAUCCUCAGAAUUUUAUUUACGUAGAGUUGAAUGCAAUAUUACAAGCUAACGCAGUGGUUCUUGCUCAAUUGUUUAAAUUACUGGGUAAUCAAGCUAAAUUCAAAUAUUAUAAUGACAUCGGUCACCGUUUUCAGAUUGGAAUUAACGCGUUGCUGUGGAACGAAGAAGAAGGUAUUUGGUUAGAUUAUGACUUGACCACUAAACUAAGUCGUAAGUACUUCUAUACGUCCAAUUUUGCACCAUUGUGGACUGGUAGUUACGAGAGAAAACUUAGAACGUAUUAUGGUAAACGGGUGUUGGACUAUUUAAUAGUUAACGGUGUUAUCAAUCAAGAUGGAACUCCAAAGUUAAUUUGUGUACCAACAUCGAAUGUGAACUCUUCCCAACAAUGGGACUAUCCGAAUUGCUGGCCGCCACUCCAAGCCAUGGUAAUCCAAGGUUUGGACCGCACAAACUACAAACCUGCCCAGACUGUUGCUAUAAACUUGGCCAAGUCGUGGAUAAACACUAAUUACGUCGGAUACAUAACCAGCGGCACUAUGUUUGAAAAGUACAGUGCACUCGAAGUGGGCACGACCGGUGGGGGUGGCGAGUAUACGCCUCAGACAGGAUUUGGAUGGACGAACGGUAUCGUGUUCGAACUGUUCCGGAGAUGGGGACACCUAUUUCGAUCUACUUAAAUACCAUACUACUGAACCGACCAUGUAUUCAUAUUGUACAUAUAUAUCUACGUAAUA